AUGCCUUUCACCGCCUCCGAUAUCUGCAAGAUCAUUCUUGCCGUCAUCCUCCCGCCCGUCGGUGUCUUCCUCGAGCGUGGCUGCGGCGCUGACUUCUUCAUCAACAUCCUGUUGACCAUUCUUGGUUACCUCCCUGGUAUCAUCCACGCUCUGUACAUCAUUCUGAAGUACUAA